UUGAAGUUACCAAGCUUGUAGAAGGGAGCCCUAACCUCAGAAGUGACAAACAAAUUUCAGUUGUUCGAUUUUUCGCUAAUUCACGCUGGCUGCGGUGUUUUGGGACUCAACGUUGAUUUUAGUUGUUUUGUAGAGCAAAAUGAGUUCUAUUGGUACUGGGUACGAUCUCUCAGCAUCCCAGUUCUCUCCAGAUGGUCGAGUAUUUCAAGUGGAAUACGCUCAGAAAGCAGUGGAAAACAGCGGGACUGUAAUUGGUCUCCGCGGGAAAGAUGGAGUGGUGUUUGCAGUGGAGAAGCUGGUGACAUCGAAGCUUUAUGAACCCGGGGCAAAUAAGAGAAUCUUUAACAUCGAUGAGCAUGUGGGUAUGUCUGUCUCAGGUCUGAUCUCAGAUGCCAGACAAAUAGCGGAGAUAGCGAGAUCGGAAGCCGCCAGCUACCGUUCACAAUACGGAGUUGGCAUUCCCGUGAAAUACCUGAACGAGAGAGUGGCUAUGUACAUGCACGCCUACACCCUUUAUUCAGCAGUGAGACCCUACGGUUGUUCCGUGAUUCUCGGUGCUUACGAGACUGAUGGCCCUGCUAUGUAUAUGAUUGAUCCGUCCGGAGUGUCCUACGGAUAUUUCGGCUGCGCCGUUGGCAAAGCCAAGCAGUCUGCCAAGACUGAAAUUGAGAAGCUCAAGUUGGCUGACAUGACGUGCAGGGAACUCGUCAAGGAAGCUGCACGAAUUAUUUACCUCGUACAUGAUGAGCUUAAGGACAAGCAAUUUGAACUGGAGAUGAGCUGGGUGGGAGCACACACUAAUGGCAAACACGAGCGCAUUCCACAUGAAAUCAAAACAGAGGCUGAAGCCAAAGCUCGUCAAGCCAUGGCCGAAGACUCUGACAGCGAUACCGAGGAUAUGUAGAGGAUUUAUUCAGUUAAUGGUUUUUUUUAAAUAAUUAUUGUACUGUAAACGACAAGUUUUUUCGGAUUAAAAUGUGAUGAUUGGAGAGGAA